AUGUCGUUGGAGGAACGCAACCCGGCCAGGAAUUCUGGAAAAAGGACUAGAAGGAGUAAGAAAAGAAGAACGGCUGAAUCCUCUGAUUCUGAAUCCUCGUCUUCGUCGUCAUCUGGAUCUGAGUCUGAACAUGAACAGUAUGAGCAAAACUUGCCAAACAACGAUGGCCAGCUUGAAAUCUCGGACGUGGAGUUGUCUGAUGUGGAAGAAAAGGAUGAGAACACCAAGAGCGAAGUUUUGGGGAAAGAGACCAAGAAGCUGCUUAAUCAAAUUCCUUUCACUACCACUGAGCUUUCAAAUGGAAGUGCCAAAAACAUCAACAACAUAGACCUUUCCAAGAUUCAACGUACAAUCGAAGAUGCGCAAGAAAAAGUAUCACUGUCAAAGGAUGAAGGACAACUGAAAAACGCAUAUUUAAAUCUGCUGUUCAAACAUUAUGGCGAGGAUGUCAACUCGUUGAGAGAAGCUCCAGACUUCACUCCCAAGUCACUGGUGCUAAUAGCUAACGUUUUGAAGGAUGGAGCUCACAUGUUCGACAUAGAUACCUUAAGAACUGUGAUGGAAUCUGAACAGUAG